UCGCAGUGAUUGGCUGAUGGAUGAUGGCGUCUACCAAAGAGUUGCUUGUGAACUCACUGAAGGAUCUAGUAAAAGAUGAUCUUAAGCAGUUUCGCUGGUACUUAAAGAAUCAUUGGCAUAUUUCAAAUUCUGAUAUUGAGAAUGCAGAUGUCUUAGACACGGUGGAUAAAAUGGUGGCACAUUUUGGACCAGAUGAAACUGUGAAGAUAACGGUGGAGAUCUUGAGGAAGAUGAAGCAGAACCUUCUGGCUGAACACUUGGAGAAUGCAUAUAAAGAAGUUCAGGCUGACAGAAAUAUGAAGGCUUCUGCCAUUGUUGAAGCUGAUUCACACCAGAUCUGUGAGGGCAAUAAAGCUGAUCUUCAUGAUUACAGAAAGUUCAGCCUUAAACUGAAGAACAAAUUACAACAGGACUACAAGCGGAUAUUGGUUGGUAAUUCUCAGACAGGUCAUCGAGAAUACCUGAAUGAUAUUUACACUGACUUAUGUGUUUUGGAGAAUGAGACCGGAGGAAUAGUGAAUGAACAUGAGGUGAGACAGAUCGAAAUGAAUCGCAAAAGAUUUUUUGCCAAGGACACGCUGAUCCAGUGCAGUAAUGUAUUCAAAGUUCAUAUGGGUCGACAAAACAGAAAAGUUCUGACAAUGGGAAUUGCAGGGGUGGGAAAAACCAUCUCUGUUAAUAAAUUCAUUCUUGACUGGGCUGAAGGAAAAGAAAAUCAAGACAUACUUUUCAUAUUUCCUCUCCCAUUCCGUAGACUUAAUUUAAUUAUGAACGAGCACAGUCUCAUGGAACUGCUUAACAAAUGCUUCUUUAUUGGUCCUGAAGAACUGUCCUCUCUACCUAAAGAUGACUCUAAGGUCAUGUUCAUAUUUGAUGGGCUGGAUGAAUGUCGCUUCCCUUUGAACUUCAAACAGGGUGACAGAUUUACAGAUGUGCAUGAAAAAACAACAGUGAGUAAGAUAGUUACAAACCUGAUUAAGACGCAUCUGGUUCCCUCUGCUCUCAUCUGGAUCACAUCCAGACCAGCAGCAGCAGGUCUGGUACCCCGAGACUACAUUGAUCAGGUGACAGAGGUGCGAGGAUUCAACGAUGAGCAGAAAGAGCAAUACUUUAUCAAAAACAGCAGUCCUGAGAUUGCUGGAAACAUCAUCCGUCACAUCAGGAAAUCCAGGAGUCUGUACAUCAUGUGCCACAUCCCCGUCUUCUGCUGGAUCUCUCUGACUGUUCUUCAGCCUCUGCUGGCUCAAAGGGGCAAUGACAAAACACCUACAACUCUCACAGAGAUGUACAUAAACUUCUUAUUUUCCCAGCUGCAACAGAUGAAAAUAAAAUACUAUAAUGAUCCUAAACUUAAGCGCAAAGCCGGGUCUUUUGAUCAGAUUAUUCUGAAGCUUGGGAAGCUGGCCUUUAAACAGCUGCAGAAAGGAAAUCUGAUUUUCUACAAGGAAGAUCUUAAAGAAUGUGGACUAGAUGUCAGUGAAGGGUCUGUGUACUCUGGAUUAUGCACACAGAUCUUUCAGACAGAAAAAGCUGUGUCAGAGAGAAAUGUUUACAGCUUUGUACAUCUCAGCAUUCAGGAGUUCCUUGCUGCUCUCUAUGUGUUUUUCAAAUUCAAAUACUACAGAAGAAACCAAUUUCUUCAAUUUUGGACAGAAAAACUGACAUGGAAACUCUCCAGAAUGUCACUAUUUGACCUUCAUAAGUCUGCAGUAAACAAGGCUUUACAAAGCAAGAACGGACACCUGGACCUUUUCCUCCGCUUCCUGCUGGGCCUCUCAGUCGAGUCCAAUCAGAGUGACCUGAAGGAACUGCUGCCAAGACUUGAAAUGAAACCCAAGAAUGUCAAAGACACUGCUGACUAUAUCAGAAAAGCAAUAGUGGUGGAGAAAUCAGUGGAGAGGACCAUUAAUCUCUUUCACUGUUUGAGUGAACUGAAAGAUGACUUUGCAGAGGAAAUCCAGAAUAAUCUAAGCUCAGGAAAUCUUUCAGCAAAACAUCUUUCCUCUGCUCAGUGGUCAGCUUUGGUGUUUGUGCUCCUGAUGUCAGAAGAGACUCAAGAGAAAUUUGAACUGCACAAAUACUGCAGAUCUGAAGAAGGACUGAUGAUACUGCAGCCAGUUAUCAAAAACACAAGGAGAGCACUUUUACAGUUCUGUAAUCUCACUGCCUCUUGCUGUGAGAGUUUGUCAAAAGUUCUACAAUCCUCAAACUCUGUCCUGAAAGAGCUGGAUCUGAGUAACAAUGACCUGCAGAAUUCAGGAGUGAAGCUACUCUCGGAUGGACUGAGAAGUCCAAACUGUCAGUUGGAAAUACUAAGAUUGCCAUCCUGUAAUCUCACUGCUCAGAGCUGUGAGUGUUUGUCAUCAACUCUUCAUUCAUCAAACUGUGUCCUGAGAGAGCUGGACCUGAGUAACAAUGACCUACAGAAUUCAGGAGUGAAGCUACUCUCUGGUGGACUGAAGAGUCCAAACUGUCAACUGGAGAUACUGAGGUUGUCUGGCUGUAUGGUGACACAGGAAGGCUGUGGUUAUUUGUCUUCAGCUCUGAGUUCAAACCCCUCACACCUGAGAGAGCUGGACCUGAGCUACAAUCACCCAGGACAAUCAGGAGUCCAGCUGCUCAAACACAAACUGGACGAUCCAAACUAUAAACUGCAGAAACUCAAUGUGGACCAUGGAGGAGAGAUUAUGAUGACGGCAGGACUACAAAAGUAUGCCUGUGAUCUAUCACUGGAUCCAAACACAGCAAACACUUACAUCAUUCUUUCUGAGGAGAACAGUAAGGCAGUAUUUGUGAAGGAGAAGCAGCCAUAUCCCGAUCAUCCAGAGAGGUUUGAUACGUGGUGUCAGGUUCUGUGUAGAGAGAGUCUGACUGGACGUUGUUACUGGGAGGCUGAAUGGAGUGGAUAUAAUGCUGAAAUAUCAGUGGCAAAUAAAGGAAUCAGCCGAAAAGGAGGGAGUUGCUGUGCAUUUGGAUACAAUGACAAAUCUUGGAGUCUGAUCUGCUCUGAUUGCAGAUUCACUGUCUGGUACAAUAAAAAGCGAACUGUCAUAUCUGCCCCUUUACUGAUGUCUAAUAGAGUAGGAGUGUAUGUGGACGUGUCGGCCGGCACUCUGUCCUUCUACAGUGUUUCUAAAACACACACACUCACACACUUGCACACAUUCAACACCACAUUCACUGAAUCCCUCUAUGCUGGAUUUAAGGUUUAUUUGAACUCUACAGUGUCUCUGUGUCCGAUCAAAAUUUAGAGAUAAACAUAAUAAAUUAAAGAUAAAUUAAACAGCCUCCUAAUAUUAAAAGGCCAAAACAAUUCUAUA